UUAAAAGUAACAUAAACAAAAAUUGGCGUUUUGAUACAGAAUUUAAUUACAAAUUUUACAAAAUGCAUAAUCAAUAAUGCAAAAUGCGUGUGUAAGAGUGUUAAAAUUACAUCAACACACACUCUAUCACAGAGCAACUAAUUAAUUUUCCACUAAAAAUGGGAGCUGACAGCCAAGCUGGCAGUGGAAACAGCAUUAUCAGCAUUAAUAAUGAUACACACUCUACAACGACCACAGCGACAACGCAGCGGAAGCCUUCAUCCGCUGUCAAGGCACAAAAUGCUGAGCUGCAUAUAUUAUGCUUUGAUCUUAGCAACUACAACAAGACGACGCAGUUCCUCUUGAGCUGUACCGGCGUCUUCGUCCUAUACAUCAUAUAUGGCUAUCUGCAAGAGCUAAUCUUUACAGUGGAGGGCUUCAAGCCCUACGGCUGGUUUUUAACACUGGUGCAGUUUGCUUACUACAUAAUCUUCGGAAUGGUAGAGCGUCGCUUGGAGGCAUAUAGAACAAUGGGGGCUGGUGGUGCCAUAUGGACUGUACAACCCGCGCCACGUUGCAUUCCCAUACGCACCUAUUUUGUGCUGGCAGCACUGACGCUCGGCACCAUGGGCUUGUCCAACUCUAGUCUGGGUUAUCUCAACUAUCCCACGCAGGUGAUAUUCAAGUGUUGCAAGCUAAUACCAGUGCUGGUGGGCAGCAUUAUUAUACAAGGCAAGCGAUAUGGACCAUUAGAUUUUGCGGCUGCCUUGUCUAUGUGCAUCGGCCUGGCCUGGUUUACAUUAGCCGAUUCUCAGAUGACGCCCAACUUCAAUUCACUUGGGGUUGCGAUGAUAUCAGGUGCACUUCUUUGCGACGCUGCCAUUGGCAAUGUACAGGAGAAGGCAAUGCGCGAGCACAAUGCACCCAGCAGCGAGGUUGUGUUCUAUUCCUAUGGCUUAGGCUUUAUAUAUCUUUUUGUGAUUAUGUUGCUCACCGGCAACUUCUUCAGCGGAUUUGCUUUCUGUCUUGCACAUCCGCAGGAAACAUUUGGUUAUGGCCUUCUUUUUAGCCUGUCUGGCUACUUGGGCAUACAAUUUGUGCUAGCGCUGGUGCGAAGCAGUGGCGCUCCAUUGGCUGCAACUGUAACCACCGCACGCAAGGCUGUGACCAUCGCCUUUUCAUUUCUGCUCUUCAGCAAGCCAUUUACCUUGCAAUAUGUCUGGUCUGGAUUGAUUGUGGUUCUCGGAAUUUAUCUUAAUGUUUACAGCAAGAAGAACAAGCUGACAUUUACUGACUUGAGGCAUAGGAUCAAGCAAAUGGGCGCCAAGCUAUCUCGUUCACCAAGUCGAAAAUUCCUCGUUGAAGUAUAAACAUGAUUCGUACCAAAAAUAUACUUAAUCUUAACAUUUAGUCCAAUCGAUAUUGUGUGUAAAAAUAAA